GCGUGGCGCAGCUGCCUGUUUAAGUGAAAGGAGCGCUCCCUCUUUGUAGCAUCUCCGACCUGCUGAGCCAGGUUUUCCGUGUUCCUACAGCGGAAAAUUUUGCCUCGACGAGACAGGAUGGCUUCUCCAGAAGAGGUUGCGAAGGCUUUUCAGGAGCAUUACUACAAGACAUUUGACCAGAAUAGGGCAGCUCUGCAACCGCUUUACCAGGACAACGCCAUUUUGAGCUUCGAGGGCCAAAAAUUCCAGGGCCAGGCUGCUGUCAUCGGCAAGCUUACCUCUUUGCCAUUUCAGCAGGUGAGGCAUCACAUCUCUUCUGUGGACGCACAGCCUUCGCUGAGCAAUGGCCUCAUCGUGUUUGUCACUGGCCAGCUGCUGGUGGAUGGCGAGGCAAAUCCUCUGAAGUUUAGCCAGGUCUUUCACCUAGCUGCGUCUGGUGGCUCCUUCAUCAUCACCAAUGACAUCUUCAGGUUGAACUAUGCUUGAAAUUUUGGCGAACAGCGGAGGCGUUGUCAGCAGUGCAACAGAUCUAAUCGCAAGCUCCAUCAGAAAGGGCCCGGUUGAGAUCAUGAAGUGUGCGGAGACUUUGUUUCUAUCUAGCCAUCAAACGCUGUCAUGUACUCUGCACUGAGACAGCCUUUCUUCAGCUGGCAGAGAUCUCUUCCGUUUGUCUUUCUCAUGAGGACAAGGGCUUGUGAAUUGGCGUAGCUCUUCUACCAUGCAGGCACUGCCGAGAGCUGGUGUGGUGCAGCGAUGGGGAUUUCAUGUACAGAUCAUAGAAGCUUGAAGGCAUGUAACAUGUACUGCUGCUUC